GCACUUCCUGCGAGGCCUCCGCGCAGCCCGUGGCCGAGCCGAGCGACCCGAGCCCCUCCAAGGCGUUCGCCAUGGUGGACGAGCUGGUGCUGCUGCUGCACGCGCUGCUGAUGCGGCACCGGGCCCUGAGCAUCGAGAACAGCCAGCUAAUGGAGCAGCUGCGGCUGCUGGUGUGCGAGAGAGCCAGCCUGCUGCGCCAGGUACGUCCGCCCAGCUGCCCGGUGCCCUUCCCCGAGACGUUUAGCGGCGAGAGCGCCCGGCUCCCCGAGUUUAUCGUGCAGACGACGUCCUACAUGCUUGUCAACGAGAACCGAUUCUGCAACGACGCCAUGAAGGUAGCCUUCCUAAUUAGCCUCCUGACCGGGGAAGCGGAAGAGUGGGUGGUUCCUUACAUCGAGCUGGAUAGCCCCAUCCUAGGAGAUUACCAGGCCUUCCUCGAUGAGCUGAAGCAGUGUUUCGGUUGGGACGAUGAUGAAGAUGAUGAUGAUGACGACGACGACGACGACGACGACGAUGACGAUGAGGAAGACGACUAUUACUAGGCCCGGAGCCCCUCGGGCCUGGGGGGAGGGCUUUGCACGCUGCCACCCUCCUCACCCUCCUCUCCUGAGCCGCCGCGCUUACCCUUGUCCCCUGUCCUCCUUGGUCACCUUCCCUCUCCCUGCCCUUCGGUUCUCUGGUUCUCUCUUCAUCCCCCGUAGUGCUUGUCUUUGUUCCAGGAAUAGUGCUCCAAUAACCUGCUGCUGGGGCGGGGGUAUCCCUAGGCACCUCCCCACCGCCCGUUCUGGCCAGCCCCAGGACCCUCCCUGUCAAUUUGGCAUGUCGCCUGAACCCCAGCUGUAGGCCAGGCCCAGGUGACAAAUUGGACAGACCACCCACAGUCCCGCUGCUGCCACUCACCCGACUGCCAGGUCUGCAUCUGCCCAGAGACCUAAGCUGCCAUCUACGGCUUCCCACUGACGUCCACCACCUUUGGAGCUAAGGACCAACUUAGAAGAUGCCUGAGUUGGGUGCACCUCCUUGAACACUGAUUUGGACAAUUCACUGACCCUUGCAAAGACAAGCCUUUCAGCCUGGUUAGUUCCCUGCCUAUUCCCAGCAUCUCCCCUGCCCCACCAGGUGGCUGCUGGGGUCUGGCCACCAAAUUGGGACAUUUCUUCUCUCCUCCGCAUCAGUUGUGCACAGCUGUUGUUUUUCUUUCAAAAUUGCAGCAGUCCUGCAGAUGCGUGCAUUUGGACAACAAAAUACAAAAACCAAAACAGACAAACAAAUAAACAAAGACAGGUACUCAGCCCAA